ACCAUUGUAGUUGUUGUUCGUUUUUACGUGAUAAUACAUAAUGGCAAGAGAGUGAUAUCGAUACAUAUUGGCACGUAUGUCUCUUGCUAUGUAAUUUCAUAUUCGCAGCACAUCCAGGACUAAAUUUCAAAUGAUGUUAAGAACAUGCCUAAAACAUGCCUAAAACAUGCCAUCUUCCGUUUCAGGACAAACAGCAAAUAUUGCAUUUCAUUCUUCAAUGAGAUCCAACGGUUGCUUUCAUGUGCACGAGCCGUAUAUAUUUGAUGAAAAAGAAAUCGAUGUGGGUAACGGAUAUAACGUCCAUGACGGUAUUUAUGUAGUUCCAGUAUCCGGUACCUACGUUUUCACGUUUACGAUCGCCGCACCAGAAGAUUAUUACAUUCACCCAGAAAUUGUUGUCAAUGGAGCGGCCAAAGACUCUUCAAUUUCCGACUCUGGUGACAGUUCGGACAUUCAUCCAGUGACAGUUCUGGUUGUGGUGAGAGUAAAAGCUGGAGAUCACGUGUUCGUUCGGACGGAACACUCCAAUACCUGCACGGUGAUGAGUGAUGUAACACAUGGCAAGUCUACAUUUUCUGGGUGGUUGCUUUUUUGAGAUAUUGUAUGCUUACAAAAUAAAGCGGUGCACUCUACUGGUUCAAUAUAUUUUGAGGAAA